AUGGCGUCCGCGCGCAAGAGGCCUAGGGCCGAGACCGAAGACAACCGGGCCGAGUGUCCUUUCGUCAUCAAACUUGUUGAUCCUAAAGACAAGGAGCAGAAGAAAAAGGCGAAGCGCCGGCGCUUCGAGGGUGCCGGCGACGAUGACGAUACGAGCCAGCGCAUCAAUCUGCAGAUGUCGCCGUUCUCGCCGUCGGGCAAGCUGAAGACUUAUGAAACUAUGGAUCUUCACUACCAGGUCGAGCCCGCCAAGAAGUGGACAGACAUGACAAGAUACAACAGCUUCGUUCUCAACGGCGUCAAAUAUUUCAGCGAGGGCUUUAUCUACGUCGCAAACGACUCGAGCAUCGAGCGGCAGAAGUCGUCCCACGAGCCUAUUCAUCCCCGGAAGAAGUCCGACGACGACUGGGUUGCGCGCAUCCUCGAGAUCCGCGCAAGCGACGAGCACCACGUAUACGCCCGCGUCUAUUGGAUGUACUGGCCGGACGAGCUCCCCCAGGGAACCCACGACGUCAAAAAGUCCGUCUCAGGUCGUCAGCCUUACCAUGGCAUAAACGAGCUGAUUGCCUCCAAUCACAUGGAUAUCAUCAACGUGGUCAGCGUCACGUCGCCGGCCGUGGUCAAGCAGUGGUAUGAGGAGAAUGAUGAUGAAAUCCAGAAUGCGCUCUACUGGCGCCAGGCCUUCGACGUCCGGACUUAUGAACUCUCGACGGUCGAGCUUGUUUGCAGCUGCAACACACCAGCGCACCCUGAUAAGCUCCUAGUCGGCUGUACCUCAGAGUUGUGCAAGAAGUGGAUGCAUGAGGAUUGUAUUAAGGAACAGGCACUCAGAGACACAUAUCAACGACUUGGCACCGACAAGCCCCACCUACCCCCCGAAUCAGUAAAGGACGAGAAGGACGGAGAUGAAGCGAAGCGACCUCUUAGCCCAACGGAGACGGGCGCAGGUGUUUCGGCGCAGCACUCGAUCGACGUCAAGGCCCAUGACGGCUCUGAUGCGGUCCACGUCGGAAACGACAACGUCGAUGUCAAGCAGUCGGAGGAUGAAGAUGCGGCAGCAGCGCGAGAGGACUCGCUCGCGGCAGCAUCUGCAGGAGCGCGGGCAACAAGCGAGAAGGAUGACCAAGACACGCCCAUCAAAAUGUCUAGCAAGCUGCUGCCAAUAGUUGGCAACAAGAAGCCUGGCAGGCCACGGAAGAGGGCAUCGGAAGCAAACGGUGAUAGCUCCAAGCCUUGGGAGGGACUCUUUGAAGUCGCGCUCAAGACAGUGGAUGCUGGUCCUCCCCUUCUAGAGUUCAAGGAUCUCCGCGAGGGCAUCGUCGGAGGCGAAAAAAUAUGGACCGAGCCUGUCAGAUGUCUAGUGUGCCGCUCCCAGGUCAACUGA